CGCAAACCAAAAGCAUUGGUUCAGAAAGCUCGAAACGCCGCUGCAGUUUAAACUUACAACUUGAUAUUGAUGUUCAUUUUUUUCCACAUGUUGUUGUCUUAUUGAAAACUUGGAUCUUGCAUCGUUUACGUUGAAAUGUUCGCUUGUUUAUGUGAGCCAAAAGUUAAUACCCCAGUCGUCUCUACACCCCAUAUACUUAUGUUUUAUUAUUUUACGUGCGUUUUUUACGCGUGUAUUCAACUCUAAUUUAAAUGCAGAUAUUUUAGAUAAAUAGUAUAUGUGUCACUUUUUCGAAAUGUCCGUUGUCAAGGAAGUCAUUUUGAACUCUCGCGAGAUUUCAGACCGUGAAACUGAGCCAGAUGAAUGGCUGCCGACCAAGACGAUUGCAAAUUGAGUCAGAAAGCUCGACCUCUUCACUGUACAACUUUUUUUCUGGACUACUUGUGACUCGGGGAUCGACUGCUGUCUUCGGUGACAUUUUUUUAAUGAUGGAACGAUGGCCAUUUUAAACGGAAGACCGCGCCAACGUUAGUAUAACGUCACAGCCGAGGCUUCACCAACAUAAGAGGAUUUGGUAUUCGCAACAGAGUCAGUUUCACGGGGAAUAACGACACAGACGUCUACAAUGCGAUUGAAAACAUCGCUACUGAAGGAACCUAAACAUAAAGAAUUAGUAAGCUGCGUUGGCUGGACCACGGCCGAUGAGUUGUACUCUUGCAGUGAAGACCACCAGAUCCUCAGGUGGAACCUUCUGACCAGCGAGACCAGUCUGGUGGUCAUAUUGCCAGAGGACUUCUACCCCAUUGACCUGCACUGGUUUCCCAAGACGGUUGGGGGCAAGAAGCAAACGCCGGCUGAGAUUUUUGUUCUGACCAGCACUGAUGGGAAGUUCCACCUUGUGUCCAAGACGGGGCGCAUUGAGAAGAGUGUUGAGGCUCACAAAGGAGCCGUUUUAGCAGGCAGGUGGAACCAUGAUGGGACUGCCCUCAUCACAGCUGGAGAAGAUGGGCAGAUCAAGAACUGGUCCAAAAGUGGCAUGCUGCGUUCGACACUAGCCACCCAAGGGUCUCCCGUGUAUUCUGUGGUAUGGGGCCCAGAUUCCGAGAGGAUCCUCUAUACAUCAGGUCGACACCUGGUCAUAAAACCUCUGCAACCCAGCGCUAAAGUCAUACAGUGGAAGGCGCACGAUGGGGUCAUUCUGAAAGUGGACUGGAACUCAGUCAAUGACCUCAUACUGUCGGGAGGAGAGGACUGUAAAUAUAAGGUGUGGGACAGCUUUGGCCGCUUGCUUUACUUCUCGCUGGCGUAUGACUACCCAGUCACCUCUUUGUCCUGGGCUCCAGAUGGAGAAGUGUUUGCCGUGGGCUCCUUCAACACUCUGCGACUCUGUGACAAAACUGGGUGGUCCUACGCUUUGGAGAAACCCAACACGGGCAGCGUGUUCAGCCUGGCCUGGUCUGCUGACGGCACGCAGGUGGCUGGGGCCUGCGGGAAUGGCCAUGUCAUCUUUGCCAAUGUGGUGGAGCAGCACUGGGAGUGGAACAACUUUAUGAUCACCCUUACCAAGAGGAAAACCAUGCAGGUGAGGAAUGUGAUGAACGAUGCGGUGGACGUGUUGGAGUUCAGAGAUCGAGUCAUCAAAGCCUCGCUGGCUUUCGGGCACCUCGUAGUCGCCACAUCUCUUCAGUGCUACAUCUACAACACACGGAACUGGAACACUCCCCUCAUAUUUGACCUGAAGGAGGGAACAGUCAGCCUCAUUCUGCAAGCAGAGAGGCAUGCUCUUCUGGUGGAUGGGGCAGGGUUGUAUAUAUUCUCCUAUGAGGGCCGACUCAUCUCCUCCCCUAAAUUUCCCGGUAUGAGGGCUGACAUGCUAAAUGCUCAGUGUGUCUCUCUCAGUAACGACACCAUCGCCAUCCGUGACAAGAGUGAUGAAAAAGUCAUCCUUCUCUUUGACGCCUUGACCGGCAAACCUCUUGGUGACGGGAAGUCUUUGACUCACAAGCUGGAGGUGGUGGAGAUAGCUCUGGAUCAAUGCGGCCCGUCCACCGAAAGGAAGAUCGCUUUGAUCGACAAGAAUCGUGACCUUUACCUCACUUCUGUGCGUUACCUCGGACGUGAGCCCAAAAUCUGCAAAAUUGGUAGUAUGAUUCACAGCAUGGCCUGGAACAAUGCGGCAAACAUUCUGUGUGGUGUCCAAGACAAUCAGUUCACAGUGUGGUACUACCCAAGUGCUGUCUUCAUCGACAAGGAGCUGCUUCCCAAAACACUUUACACAAAGGAUGGCAGCGAGUUCAGCCAUGCACCCCACAUUCUAAGCUACGUGGACACCAAGGUUCGAUUGCGGCAAAGAGACGGUUCCUUGCUUUACACCAGCGUGCCUCCAUACGCCGUGCUACUCCACGAAAACAGCAGCUCAGCACGCUGGGAGGACGCACUUCGCCUCUGCCGCUUUGCCAAGGAACAGUCUUUGUGGGCAUGUCUGGCUGCCAUGGCGAUAGCCAACAGAGAGCUGACCACAGCGGAGAUGGCCUACGCUGCCAUUAGAGAGUUACCGCGAGUGCAUUACAUCAAUUUCAUCAAGCAACAGCCGUCCAAGGAGUCGUCUUUGGCCCACCUGCUGCUGUUCAGCGGGCAGGUCCAAGAGGCAGAGGCCACUCUGUUACAAGCUGGACUUAUCUAUCAGGCCAUACAAGUCAACAUUGAUCUAUUCAACUGGGAGAGGGCUCUUGAGCUGGCAGUCAAACACAAGACCCACGUAGACACCGUGCUGGCCUAUCGGGAGAAGUUCCUGCUGACAUUUGGCAGGAAGGAGACCAAUAAGAGGUUCCUGCAAUACGCAAAAGGGGUUGAGGUGGAUUGGGAAAAAAUCCAAGCCAAGAUCGAGAUGGAGUUGUCCAAGGAGAGAGCGAAAGCUGCUAACGCGUCUGUCAGGAGCAGCUUGGCCCAGCGACGUUAAUUGUCAAAAGGAACCUUCUCAUUUCCUUCAAGAUAAAUCACAAGGCCCGGGCUGUCGAGUAAAAAAACCAAGAGCCCAAUUUUUCUGACUGAUAUCUAACAAACGGAGGAAAAAAACAGCUGACGUAUUUAGGAAUUAUUGCAAAACUGGACAUGAAUGAUUCUUGUCCAGUCCGAAGCUUUUCUUUGAAUUCAUUGUACUCGUAAUACAGCCCCAGUAAGAUGGGCACGCACAGACAUUUGCACAUAUCGCUUUUCACGUACUCCUGACAUUUCCGCAGGAAAAACACCAUUGUAGCCUUCCUCCUUCCUCUCAUAUCACGUCCGAUAUUUCACACUCGUCAUUGAUCUUAACAGUCUGUCUCAUUUCGUAAGUUAGUCGUGUUUGGAAUGUGUUUAUAGAAUAUGAUUUUUACAGUUUAUAAACAAGAAACAAAACAUAAAAAAAAUUGUGUUACUUCUUUAUAAGUUGUCCCUGUAUUCUUGCAUGUAAUUCCUAUAUUUUUUUAUAUUCGGAAUGAUAAUCUUCAUCUUUAACAAAUAUUUCACAAUAAAAGUGCCCAAGUGCUCUUUUUUC